ACAAUUUGUCUGCAUUGAAGCUCAUAUGAAAUGGUUAAUUUAUUUUUUAUUUAAUGAAGUAGCCAGAUUUUCAUGGCUACUGUAUUGCAUAUGAGCCAAAGACUACCAGAGUCUUGUUAGUUUCUUCAAACAGUCUAUAAAAGAACAUGUGCUGGCUUGAAGUUUCUUCUCAGCGUAGUGUUUUACGAGUGCUUUUACUGAAAUUGAAGUGGUGUUACAGUUGAAAUUAAAUCAAUAUAAAUUUUUUGAAAACUGAAGUUGGUACACCCAGACUGGCAGGCCCAGUUUCAGUCUGUUUACUGAGAUGUUUCAGGGGGUUGGAGGUUCAUUUUAAUGUAGUUGCUUUUUUAUUGUUGCUAUUUUUGUUGUUAACUCAAUUUUCUUGUUGAACAGUGGUGUGCACUGAAUUGGAAAGCUAUUUUAAAAGCACCAUUAUAAAUUUAUAUGAUUUGGGAACAUCAAGUUUUUGAGUAUUUGGGUUUCUUCAUUACUACACAUCUACACAGACUCAUGGAUGACACUACAAGAAGUCAAUUCAGUAGAAUUGCAGAACAGAUGGGUUGGACACAACGUGGAGAUUUAGACAAAAUAGAGACAGAGCUGUUAAAGAGCAUUGGAAAAGGAAAACGGUCUGCAUUGCUUGGCUGUGACUAUUUAGAGGACAGUGAGAUGGAUCAAGUCAGAAAAUGGAAGCCAUCUGACAGCGAAAGGGUUUGCAGUUCCGCCAAAUCCAAAGCAGACUUUCCAGACAGUGAUGUCUUCAAGGGUUUUCAUCAGCUUAAGAUUGACCUGCACUCUAGUGAUGAUGAGGAAUUUGAACAAUUUGUGUUCACAAAGACUGAACAGAAGGCUUCCAGAAACAAACCUCAUCACAAGUGCCAGUCAGAAAAGGAGGAAGAUCUCAGGAUUACUGUUAUUACUUCAGAGAGUGAUGAGAACUUUGAAGAUUUUCUGCAACAAGUGAAAACUCCUAAGAAUACACCUGCUCCUCUGAUGGAAUGUAAUAGUGCUAAAAGCCUGAAAGAUUUUAUUGUAAAUUCAUCAUCAGAUGAAGACUUCAUUAUAACAAAGAAAAACUUUGCCUCUGGGAAGAAAGGUCUUCGAAGUACACCAGCCAGUCAAUUGCGAUCAAAGGAGAAGCCUGAAUCUUUUAGUUCACCUGUCUUUCUCAGCAGUAGUGAUAGUGAAGACGAUGGGAGUAUAAUAAAGUCAACGUGGAGGUCACGUCACAGCAAAAUAAAAUCUAAUUCAAGGACCAGUAGUUUUAAAGAUUCUUUAAAUUUUAAAACUAGCACAAGUCCAACAAAAAAGCUACCUCUUGGGGAUGUGAAUUCAGGUCUUGUUAAAGGUAAAGCCCUUUCCAGUAAUGAAGUAACCAAAGGUUGGAAAGAUUUGGUUCAAAAAGAGAAUAAAUGCGAAUCUGCAUCAGUCCAUUACGAAAAGAAAUUCUUUCAUGCCACUGACAGCUCUGGAAACUCUGAUGAAGAGAUGGCAUCACUAAUGGAAAGAAUAAGACAGAAGAAUCGAGGUUUCAGCUGUAGCUCAACAGUUGCAAAAAGUCCAAGCAAAGAUGAAAUUGUAAAGGACAAAAUUAGGAAACCUGAAGGAUACCCGAAGACAAAGAAACAGAAUAAAAUCUCUACACCAAUAUCUGCACCACCAAGUACAGAGUUUUCUUCCAGUGAGACUCCAAUUCACCUCACUGUAAGAAAAUUUGGUACAAGUCAGAGUGAGAAAAAGCCUUCACGGGACAGGGGAGUUAAAUGUUCAGUCCCGGGAUGUUUUCUUCAGGAUCUGUCUGAUUCAAGUUUUGAUUACACCAAAAACUUUAAAAAGAAACGAGAGGAGCUAACCAAGUCUUUGUUUGUUCUAUAUAAUUCUAGCAUAUUUCAAAAUAAGCUCCCUGAAAAUAUGGAAGUAACAUGGAAUAAAAAGAUGACAAAAACAUCAGGGUACUGUGUUACAGGACAACGGAAAGGUACUGACGGACAACGAUAUGCCCGGAUAGAACUCUCGGAUAAAGUAUGUGAUUCAGCAGAGCGUUUGCGGGACACACUUGUUCAUGAGAUGUGCCAUGCAGCCACUUGGUUUAUUAAUGGUGUGAGAGAUGGUCAUGGGACAUUGUGGAAGCUUUAUGCCAAGAAGUCUACUCUCGUUCACCCUGAACUUCCAAUGGUGACAAGGUGUCACACGUAUGAGAUAAACUACAAAUACCAUUACCAGUGUACCAGAUGCAAGCACAUGAUUGGCCGUCACUCCAAGUCACUGGACACUCAGCGUUUUGUGUGUGCUUUCUGCCAGGGUACGCUAAUACUGAUGAAUCCAUCAAAUAAGAAGCAGUCUGCCAAUGAGGGAAAACUCACACCAUUUGCAGCUUUUGUCAAGGAAAACUACAAGAGUGCUAAAAAUGAACUAUCAGGUAUGCAACACGGGGAUAUUAUGCGUAAAUUGAGUGCUGACUUUGCAUUGAAAGCUCGUGUUUCAGAGUCCUGAAGUUUGAUAAUUCUACUGUCAAAAUGAAUGUAAAAAAAAAAGAUAGGCAGAGUUUGUGUUAUGUUUACAAAUAAGUUUGUGUUGUACUUAUGCUUAGCACAAUAACAGAAAAUUAUGUUUGUUAAAUAAUGAACCAGGUCGGCAGGGUACUAAAAAAGAUCAAUACUCUUUGCUAAUCUUCUUAUCUCUCCAAUGACCCUACUACCUAAUUAAAACUGGUUUUGAUGUUUGUUUUGUGCGAUGUGUUGUUAUUGUCAUGGUUUGUCAUUAAAUAAAAAUCAUUUAUCUAAUAUCUUCACAUCUUCCAACAAACUAACUUUUAACUUUGAUUUUUCUGUAAGAGAAACAAUGAUAUAAUUCUUUAAAGUGCUGAUCAGUUUUAAAGAGUAAUAUUCAUUCCCUGUGUUUCUUUUCCAUUUUUAGAAAAAAGUACAUUAUGACUUAGUCCAAUAAGAUGAUGAUGAUUAUUAUUGUGAUUAUUAUUAUAACUGUUGUUAUUGUUUCCAGCAAUGAGCCAAUUACAUCUUUAACUGUGAAUAUUUGCAUUGUUGUGUCUAUUCAGGUCUUAUUCAUGUUUUGCAGUUUAUUUUUAGGUUGUGUUAUGAAAUAAAGAUUAUUUUUCCUAACCUGUUUUGCUUUUUUUUUUUCAGCACUAUGCUGCUGAAUUUCAUAUUUAGAUUCUGAUGAGUGCUUUUCUGGCUGUAAAUGUGACUGUGAUUGAAUAAAGUCUGAUGGACUAGUCUGUAAACAUCCAGUCAAUAAAUAAAUAAAUAAAGAAAAUUU